AUGAAUGCUAGUAUAUUUUGGUGGGUGUUUAUCACCUUUUUCAUCCAUAUGAAUUCUGUUCUAUGUAUCGAGAACUUUAUUCCUGAACAAGUCUGGGAAAAUAUCGAUUAUAGAAGAGCCAUUGAUGUUAGUAAAAGUUAUCUAUCUGAAAGGGUGGAAAUUAGAGCUAAAAAUGUUGGUCCUGAAUCUGUCACCGAAUACUAUUUCGCAUUACCUAGAAAUUCCCUAGGAAAAGUUUCCAUGUUUACAGCUGUCAUUCAAGGUACUGAUACAUAUCUGAAUUGUCAAUUGUUUCCCAAUGUCACUAGAUUAGAAGAAACAGGUGAAUAUGUAGGAUAUGGAGUUAUCAACUUUCCAUCUCCGAUUCAACCCGAACAAGAAUUCUCAUUCAUCACAGCUCUUUACUAUAACGUCGCAGGUGUUCCUUACCCUGAAUAUAUUGCUAUCUCUGAUGAACAAUCAUUACUAUUGAAGACGAAUAGAUUUCCAAUUUCUGCUUAUCCAACUGUGGAAAGUACUUUGACCAUCGGUGGUAGUUCUUCUUUUGAAGAACUUAACGCACCCGAUGAUGCCUAUUUGAAAGGAAAAACUAAUGUUCCACCAAACGAAGAAGCAAUAUUUUUCGGUCCAUGGGAUGAUAUUAAACCAUUUGAAAAGGAACAAGAUGUAGAGGUUGUUUUUAAUCAUAACUUACCCCUAAAUGAAGUGACAUUAUUGAAGAGAGACAUUUGGGUUUCUCAAUGGGCUUCCACUUUGGAAUUUAAAGAAUAUUAUGAACUGAAAAAUAAAGGUGCUAAAUUAGAUAAGGGAUUUUCAAGAAUCAAUUACAUGAGGGACCAACAACAAGCUGAUAUGCGAAAGAGUCAUUAUCUUGCCAUCAUUGAAAUGCUAUUACCUGAAAAUCCAUUCGGCCACUAUUAUAAUGAUUUAGUUGGUUUAGUCUCUACAGCAAAAAUUCAAGAAAAUCAUUACUUCUUAAAACCAAGAUUCCCAAUAUUUGGUGGCUGGAACUAUAAUUUCACUAUUGGUUGGACAAAUCAAUUGUCUGAUUUCCUACAUAAAUCGAAUGAUGAUAGUGACAUGUAUUUACUCUCCGUCCCAUUAUUGAAUGGUCCUUCUGAUACUGUGUAUGAUACUGUAGAAUAUUCUGUUUAUGUCCCAGAGGGAGCUAAAAUUGCUGAUAUAGAUACUCCAAUUCCAUUUGUUAAUCUUUCUGUCAAGGCAGAAAAAUCAUAUUUGGAUUUAAAGAAAGGCCAUGUUAGAGUCAAAAUUACUUUUAAGAAUUUAGUCAAUGAAAUCGCUGGAGCUAAAAUUCUAAUCAAAUAUCAAUAUACAAAGAAUGCUUUCAUUCAGAAACCACUGUCAAUAGCCAUCUAUAUUUUCAUUGCGUUGAUGUUUAUAUUCCUAUUGAAAAACAUUAAUUUGAAUGUUAAGUGA